AUGGAGAAUGUGCGAAAGUCGAUGGAAGUAUUGGCCGACAAAGUCAGACAGCUGCCACCAUGGGCACUUGCAGUUGGCGGAACAGUUGUUGGAUACACGUUAUUGAGGACAUUCGUGUUGAGUAGAUCUAGUGUUCGCCGUGAAGCUAAAGGAGAUUGGGAAGUGCCGAUCUUUGGAAAUCUUUUCAAUAUCGGUGAUAUUCAAAAGCUAUUCGAGUAUCAGCUAACACUUGUAAAGAAAUAUGGCGGUGUUGCCAAGUUCUCUCUGCUUGGGAGAAAGUUUGUUAUUACGAGUGACCCUGAGAUGAACAAGAGGAUCUUUCAGAAUGAUAUGAAUGAUUUUGGGCGUGGAGGCAACACUAUGGUCGUAUUUGGUGAUAUCGCUGGAGGCCUUAUCAUUCAAGACAAUGGAAUUGAACAGAAAGAAGUUCGAAAGUACUUCGAUCCUUCGUUCAGUGUGGGCACCAUAAAAAGCUAUGCACCUAUUGUCACCGAGUGUACGAGCAAGCUGUUGACAUGGAUGGACACCCAAUUGAAGUCGCCUGAGAAUCACCCAAAAGGAGCUGGUAUUGAAAUGCAGCCUGCUUUACAUGGUCUGACUUUUGAUAUCAUUGUGAACAUUCUACUUGGAUUUGACCCAAAUUCUGUGGCUACUGGUGGUCAAGCAGUUCACAUUCAAGCUUGGGAGCAUGCUCUAUCUCACCUAAUGGAUCGUUUCCCAUUUGCAGAAUCUCGAUACUGGGAAUACUCGUUCCUCAAAACGCCAGCUGUUAGACAGUAUGAAAAGGACAUUAAGGUAUUGCGUGACCUUGUCAUGAAUCGGUAUGAUAUGUACUUGAAGGAUGGCGUACCAACAGAAGCCGUGGAUAUGCUCGCGCAAUAUGUAAGACGUUUGAAGGCCAACCCGGAAACCGUCCCAGAUUUUUUGAAGAACGACAGGGAAAGUUUUCAAAGACAUUUCAUCACUCAAGUGUUUGCUGGCCACGAUACGACUGCUUCCUCUAUUGGGUGGACAUUGGCAUUCCUCUCUAUGUCUCCUGAGAAGCUCGAUCGUGCUAGAAAGGAGGUCAUCCAAACAGUUGGCAAAGGCUCACUGACUUAUGAAAAUCUCUUGACGAUGCCUUACUUGGAGGCCUGCGUCAAGGAAACAUUGAGGCUGAGGCCUUCAGCUCCAAAUACUGGUAGAAUUGCUGCCAAAGACUUGACAUACAACUGGGUUGACGAUCAGGGUGUUGCUAGAGAGCAUUUCGUGGAGAAGGGGACAGAACUCUUCACGUGUUUCUAUGCUACUCACUUGGACGAACGGAAUUUCGAGAAGGCUAGCCAGUUCUGGCCUGAGAGAUGGUUGAGCGAUAAGGUUUAUUCACCUUGGAGUUACAUACCAUUUGGAGCUGGGCCACGGAGAUGUCUUGGCGAGAAGCUGGCGUUGUUUGAGACUAGGCUUGCUGUAGCUGAGAUCUUGCGCAAGUAUGACUUUGGACUCGUCGAAGGCCACAAAAUGGAAGCAAUUCAGGCACCGACCUUCCGAAUGAAACAUGGCUUAAAGAUGUGGUUGAAGGCUUUGUGA